AUGGACCAACAAACCCAAGGCCAGGACCACGCUGGCACUGUCGCUGGUGAUUCUGGCGCACCGCAUCCCACGCACAACAUGGAGUCAAACGGAACUCUACCAACAUUCGACCAAGACAUGUUGAACCAAGGAAAUCCAGAAGCCAUGGCAGCCAUGCUGGCCGGCCAGUCGUUCAUGCCAGAUCCCAGCCUGGGCAACGUCCCGAUGCCAGAUGGCACAUUUCUCAUGCCCAUGAUGAUGCCGAACGGCCUACCCAUCGAGAUUCCAACCAACCACGUAUCAGCAGAUGACAUCGCUCUCUACGACAGACAAAUCCGCCUCUGGGGUCUCGCCGCCCAAGAGAAAAUCCAAAACGCCCACAUCCUACUCAUAACCAUGCGCGGGCUAGCCCACGAAAUCGCCAAGAACCUCGUCCUCGCGGGCGUCGGGUCCAUCACCCUGCUCGACGGCUCGCCCGUCACCGAGUCCGACCUAGGCUGCCAAUUCUUCCUGUCCGAAGGACGCGACAGCCCCGUAGGCCAGAACCGCGCAGAAGCAGCUAGCCACGCGCUGCGCAAGCUCAACCCCCGUGUACAGGUGCACGUUGACGCCGAGAGCGUAACGGCCAAGGGACCAAGCUACUUUGCCGCGUACGACGUCGUCAUCGCGACGGACCUUGGCCCCGACACCUUCAACAUCAUCAACACGGCGACGCGGAUCAACGGCCGCCCGUUUUACGCGGCCGGCACGCACGGCAUGUACGGCUUCAUAUUCAGUGAUCUCAUCGAGCACGACUACAUCAUCUCCCGGGAGGCAGGCAACGUGCCCGCCACGCCGAAGCAGGAAUCACGCACCCGGUCCGUCAUCGACGUCAAGACCAAAAAGGACGGCUCCAAGACCAUCGAGUCGGUCAGCAAGCGCGAACUCUACUCGACGUGGUUCCUGGCCAGCGACGUCGCCGGCCUUCCACAGGAAUAUACCUCCUCCAAGCGGCGCUUGAAAGCCGUCACCCCCGCGCUGUCCUGCCUCCGCGCCCUCUGGGAAUUCAAACAACUCCAAGGCGGCCGCCUCCCCAGCAACAGAGAGGAUCUCAAGCUAUUCACGCAAAUCGCCACCCAGAAACACAAGGCCCUCAACCUGCCUAGCGAGACAUUGCGACCAGAAUUCCUACGCAGCUUCCUCCAGAACCUGGGCAGUGAAAUUGCCCCCGUGACAGCCAUCCUAGGCGGCCAGCUGGCACAGGAUGUCAUCAACGUGCUCGGACAGUCGCAGCAACCUAUUCAGAACAUGGUCAUUUUUGACGGCAACACAAUGGAGGCGCUCAUGUACCCCCUCCAUCCGGAACUCGAGCUCGGCGCAAGCCUACUCUCUGUACCUAACGCUGAUGCUGGGGCCGCGAAUCCAAUGGUCCCCGGUGAUGUGAACAUGUUUGACGCUGGAAAUGCCAUCUUCCCCGGUACGGGGAUGCCUCUCCAGAAUAUAGAUAUGGGGAGCCUACCCACGAACACGGGGUCACUGACCGCCACGGCUGAAGCACAAGCACAAGCACCCACUUCAAAUGUAGAAGUGUCUUCGACUAAGGAAGGUACGCAGCAUGAAGAAAAGAAGGAGGAGAAGGCGGAGGACAAGAAGCCGCAGGAAGGGGAGGUGUCUAAAGAAGCGGGGUCAUAA